AUGUCCACCAGCCUGACCACUUGUGAAUGGAAGAAAGUCUUCUACGAGAAGAUGGAGGUGGCAAAGCCAGCUGACAGCUGGGAGCUGAUUAUAGAUCCCAACCUCAAGCCCAACGAGCUGGGCCCAGGCUGGAAGCAGUAUCUGGAACAGCAUGCCUCAGGCAGGUUCCACUGCUCCUGGUGCUGGCACACCUGGCAGUCCGCCAACGUAGUCAUCCUCUUCCACAUGCACCUGGACCGUGCCCAGCGCGUUGGCUCGGUGCGUAUGCGCGUGUUCAAGCAACUGUGCUACCAGUGCGGCACCUCACGGCUGGACGAGUCCAGCAUGCUGGAGGAGAACAUCGAGGGCCUGGUGGACAACCUCAUCAGCAGCCUGCGCGAGCAGUGCUACGACGAGGACGGUGGCCAGUACCGCAUCCACGUGGCCAGCCGGCCGGACAGCGGGGUACACCGCAGUGAGUUCUGCGAGGCCUGCCAGGAAGGCAUCGUUCACUGGAAACCCAGCGAGAAGCUGCUGGAGGAGGACGCCCCCUGCACCGAUGCCUCCAAGAAGAAGUCCCAGGCCAGUUUUGUGUACAACUUCUUCUCAUUUCGCUGGUGCCUGUUCUGGGGCGCCCUCUGCCUGGUCAUCGUGUACCUGCAGUUCUUCCGAGGCCGCUCUGGCUUCCUUUAGUGGAGUUGUUUAGGGGUGGAGAGAGGGGAGAACUCAUUCUCCUCCUGAUUCCGCUACAGAUUCGAUCUAUGACUGCGGUCGUCAGCACACUGCUCGUCAGCGGAAGCAGGGGUAGGUUGGGGGCGGGCGUUGGGUUGGUUAAGGGCACAUUGUCCAGUGGAUUAGCCAUUGGCCAUAUGUGGCUGUUUCGAUUUAAAUUAAUUAAAAUGAAAUAAAAAUUGUUCCUUAGUAGUUCCAAGCCCAGUUGGGGCUUACACAAAAUUUGUCCCCAUAGGGGCCAUUGCUCAAUGGCAGGCAAGGGUGGCUUCUAGGAAGAUGAGCGUCAAGGGUUUGGGCAUCAGGAGAUCCUCAGAGGACUCCCACCCUCUGCUUUGUCUACCAUGGGAACCCCUCAAGGCGACACUGAGCAACAGGCCUGGGAUAAAGAGGCGCCAGCCAGCAUCUCUUGUUAAAAUGUGGUUUUGGGUUUAGAAAUAGAUUUUGCCAAAAAUCCUCCAAGGGGAUAGGUCAUGUGUCAGAGGUAAAAAAUAAAUAAAUAAAAGGUGGAGUAUCUGACCAUUGCACCAGAGGGAGGAAACGCUGCUGAAGAUGGCUGUGAGGACAAAAGAGCUAGAUUAGGUGACGAGAAACAAGGUCGGAAACAUUGCCAGAGGAAAAGCUUCUCCUCCAGCUCGUUUUCCUCGGUGAUGAUUUCAUAUUUCGCUGGAGUUUCCUGACUUGGCGUUCCCCUCCCCGCAAGUACUGCAAUGUUUUUAUCCUUUCAGGACUGACAGAGAAGGUUAUAUCUGUUUCCGAGACUUUUUUCCCCCUCUUUAAUUCAAGAAAAUCUCAUUUCUAUGUCCCUACAACCAGCCCUCCAUACUCACUGGCAACGCAUUGGCUGCUUGUCUGUUUGUAUCUGCUUCAUGGGUCGGCUCUGUUUUAGAGUCCUCCUUUUCCGUAUUUGUUCUGUUAAUUGAAAAAGUGAGCGUUACUCGAACAUUUCCCUUACAUGCACACCAUGUAUUUUUGAUCACAUACAUCUAUCACCUUUUCUUGUCCUUCCAACCACUGGUUUCCUCUUUCCUGCUUUUGUUAUCUGUUUUAAAACACAUCUUACACGUGAGAGAAAGCAUGUGAUUUUUUUUCACUUAGUCUAACUUAUUUUGCUUAACAUAACCUCCAGUCCCAUCCGUUUCUCAGUAAGUGGCGUUAUUUCAUUUCUCCUCAUGACUGAAUAUAUUCCAUUAUGUACAUGUCACAUAUAUUUUCACCCAUUGGUCUGUUAAUGGGUGAUUCCGUAACCUAGCUAUUGUGAAUAGUGUCGUAAUAAACAUGGAUGUGUUGGUGCCUCUGUGGUU